UCUUAUGUAUUGGUUCAAAAAGAAAAAAAAGUACUAUUAUGUCUCAUUUAAACAUGAACAUAGGAUAAAAACAAAUUAUGCUACGUCAGUGGCAAUAGUAAAUAUGUCAAGACAUAAUUACAUAUGAGUGCUUAUCUAUAUUUAGACCAAAAAAAAUAUGAGUGCUUAUAAUUAAUUAAUCACUGCCUUCUCCGACCAAAAUGGACCCGACCACACAAUUCAAUAUCCUUGUAAACGACGCUUACUCGUACUGUUAGUCUGUUACACAUCAAUGCACGCAUACAAAUCAAGUGAUUAACUUAUUCAACCACGUACGUUUUCUGACUUUGUCUAUACUGAUAUACAACACAUAAAACAAUAUAUGUAGUAGAAUUUUUUUUUUUUUUUUGACAACGUAGUAGAAAAUUAUACUAUAAAAUAUACAAAAAGUAAAAGAGAAUAUAUUAUAUUUAUAUUUGCUCUUUUAAAAAUAAUAAUUAGGUCACUCUUUUUGCUGUAUCAGACUCAGACAACUUGUACUCUCCUAAACUGUGAGAAAAUACAAAAUUCAAAAAACCAUUUGAAUCUCCUCUCACAACACAACAACAUCAAUUUCAAGCUCUGUUUCAAUGGAAACACUGAAUAAGAAUCCAUCUGUUAGAAGAAAAAGCAAGCUAGCAAGAACGUUCCAGAAGGUAUGCAGCCUGAGGACGACGUCGACGAAGGUCUCCUCCAUGUCGAAGCCCCAUAACCCAAACUUCUACGACGAGGAUGACGACGGAGACUCCGUCUUCGAUCUGAAGAGUCCUUCGAGCAGCAGGAGUGGAGAGCGACGGAGAGCGGUUUUAGAGGCGGUGGUUGCCAAGAUCUUCGCCAGCACGACUUCUAUUAAAGCCGCGUACGUAGAGCUUCAGAUGGCGCAGCAUCCUUACGACAACGCUGCGAUACAAGCGGCGGAUACGGCGGUGGUGGAGGAGCUUAGAGCGUUAUCGGAGCUGAAACAGAGUUUUCUAAGGAAGGAGCUGAAUCUUUCUCCGCAAGUGGCGAUUAUGCUCGCUGAGAUUCAGGAGCAACAGAGCUUGAUGAGGACGUAUGAUAUCACAAUCAAAAAGCUCGAAUCGGAAGUUACUGAGAAGCAAUCAAGAAUCGAUUCGUUAAAAACAAAUCUCGAAGGAAGCUCAUCGUUCAACAAAUCGCUGGAGAAGAAGCUCACGGCGAGUGGAUCAGUCUUUCUGUUUUCGAAUUUGAAUUUAAGCCACUUCGUUCAGAUUCUAGGGUUUACAUUGAGAUCCGUAAGAGCCUUCGUUAAAUCGUUAGUGAAGGAGAUGGAAUCGGCGAGGUGGGAUCUCGACGCCGCCGCUUCCGCCGCAGUCCGAAACGCAUCCACUGUCUUCGCAAUGCCGAGCCACCGUUGCUUCGCGUUUGAGUCCUUCGUCUGCGGGAAAAUGCUGGAGAAUUUCGAAUCUCCCAGCUUCGCGUUACCUAAGGUCGACGAGAAACGGAGCCGUGAGGAAUACUUUAACCUAAGAUCCGUCGACCCGAUUCAGUACUUGACCCGAAACCCGGGUUCCUCCUUUGCGAGGUUUGUUCUUCAUAAGUACUUGAGCGUUAUAGACGCGAAGAUGGAGUGUUCCUUCUUCGGGAACUUGAACCAGAGGAAGCUGGUUAACUCGGGCGGGUUUCCGGAUUCGGGUUUCUUCGCAACCUUCUGUGAGAUGGCUAAACGGAUCUGGCUUCUGCACUGCUUGGCGUUUUGUCUCAGCGAAAACGUCAAGGUGUUUCAGAUCAAAAGAGGAUGUAGAUUCUCUCUAGUGUACAUGGAGAGCGUGAAAACUGGUGACCAGUCUCUCGUCUCCGGCGAUAAUGCGGAUAUCCGGGUCGGGUUCACGGUUGUUCCCGGGUUUAAAAUUGGCCAUGACGUGAUACAGAGCCAGAUUUACUUAUCUCCGAUGGCCGGUUUUCAUCUCCCCCGUUCAUGAAAAGAUGACAAACACGUUGUCUUUUGACACGCCGGCGAAAUAAAAGAGCGGUGGCGCGUGUAAAAGGAAUGGUGGGACCUGUUUUGGAAGGCGUAAGACAAUGUGAGCGGUGUUAGAAAAUGGCGGGAGGGAUCUCACCAAUGAUUUAGUUAGUGACACACUGACACUGUGACAGAAAAUGAUCAAUGAGAAUUUUAUUUUGUUUAAAGUUUUAGAUUAUAAAACGCAGCACAGUAGAAUGCCAUGAGUUGGUCGGACCAUGCAUGUAAAUAUCUUUGGCAGCUAAAACUAACUUGUUUAAAUGUGUUUUUAUUUUAGUUUUAUUUAUAUUUGGUAAGGAUAUCUAUCUC